AUGGUCCCCGAUAUCACGCCAGCACAACCGCCAACAUUCGUCUUGAUAGCCAUGGCGCAGAACGAUGCAGCCAAGCGCGCCGCGUCAAUGCUGACGAUAGCGCAGCUUAAGUUCAAGCAAGCGUUGAAGAAGGACGACAGCAGUGAAUCACGUCUACCACCUGUUGCUAUCGAGCUGAGCGCCCAGUUCUUGAGCGACCUCGAUGCCGUCUUAAAGCAGACAUGGAUUGUCAAGCACGUAGCAUCCUCCAGGAUACGAGUAGCUUCACUCGGCGACUACCUGAUCUCUGUGUCCAGGUCUAUCAUGGUCGACCAGCCAACAUCGGCAGCAGUGCCAGCAGUCAAAACAGCAGCCCGCGGUCGCUUUGUGCCUUUGUUGAUCAUCAACGACGUGCUUCAUACUGACAAAUAUCAUCAGCGCAAUACAGGCAAGACUGGUAUCUUCGGCAGGGAGUCCAUGUCAUUUAUUCCCGAGCUCAUCGAACUGGCUGCCGCAUACAGUCCCGAAAAGGAUUCACAGGCUGAGAAGAAGCUUCGAGCACUACUCAACUACUGGGCGAUCAACCAGCUACUCAGCGCAGACGAUCUCAAGUCUCUCCAAGAACAAGCUGAGGAGGCGCUUCUCAUCGCGCAAGGAGUUACGCCUGUUCGCAGGAGGAACUAUCUUCUCCCUGAGUAUCAUGGUGAUCGGAACGCCCCGUGGCAUGAGCUGCCAGCCUCGUACAUGCUCGAGCAAAUGAUCAAGCACCCGAACCGCCCUAUCGAUCCCCGCAGAAUCAAGGUUGCAAAAUUCGACAAGAAGCCUGUCUCCGCCCAUGUACGCAAGCUGCUUGACAACUACUUCGAGAAUAUCGACCUCAAGUAUGUGCCGACAGGCGACAACCCGAAUGGCGAAACCAAGAAACACAAGCUAUGGCUCGACCCCAUGGGACAACUCGUCAAGCAGAACAAGGAGACUGGUGAGAUCGACACGGUGUACAACGGGUACGGCUGGUCGAUGAAGCUUUGCCAGGACAUGCAGGAGGACGGCGUGCCUCAAACGAUCAAGGUAGCUCGGGAAGAAGCACAACGCGAGGAGGAUAUGGAGGUCUUGCGCCCUGCACCGCAGCAGCGCAAGACCGAGGCGGCCGGAGUCGUCAUUCAUCGAGGUCAUCAUUCGACAGCCGCCCGGCAUCUCGCUCUGAGAACCGCCCGCGAUCCCGCAGCCGUCACCGCACAUCAUCCCGAACGGGGCGUAGAAGCUCCCCGGAUCGCGGCCGCAACUAUCCUGAGAGCCAGCGGGACCAACAGCGACCGCCACCUAGACCGUAUAGUGGAACUUCAGCUGGCCCGGGACAGCAGUGGAACAGACCAGAUGCUUCUGGCCGUGGCCAAGGCAUGCCGAACAGCAGCCAGUACCCUCCUCCGCCUCCACCAGCUGGUGCCAGGGGAUUCUCGCAAGCUCCACCGUUCCCUCCUGGUGCACCGCCUUUUCCUCCUCCGCCGCCCAUGGCGAACCAUGCUGGACAUGGUCAGACUGGAGGCCCUGGGCAAGGUCGGGGCAACUUUCAAGGUGGUCGAGGUGGUUUCAGGGGCGGUGGAUACAACAACAGGGGUGGAUAUGGAGGUCAACAGCGUGGCCAGCGUGGAGGAUGGUGAUGGGAGCCGAGGUGACGCGCGACGCGUGACGCACGCGACUCAUUGGCUGCAGCGGUACCGCCGUGUAAUGGCGACUUCGAAGCGCAAGCGCAGGACAACCCAGUCUAAAUCGACCAAGCGACCAAAACACGUCGAUAGCGAGAACGAGGCCUCACCAACGGAGGACCUCUGGGCGGCAGAGCGCAUCCUCGACGAGAGACGAGUUAGAGGCAAACUGCAAUACCGAAUUAAAUGGAAAGGCAUUGAUCCGGCUACUGGCGACGAAUACGUCCCUAGUUGGGAGCCAAAAGAGAACCCUACACCAGAUCUCGUCGCAGCGUGGGAAGAGAGGAAGAGAGCUACCACGAGCGCGAGCACAGCAGUAGGACCUGUCAGGCCAGAACCAGCUCGGAAGGCGCGAGUGAUCGAAAGCAGUCCCGAGCCCUCUGCGGCGCAUACCACGAGCGCCCUCUCACGCCUCACGACUCCAACCACUACUCCAACCACUACUUCCACCACUACUCCCAUAGACGAAACCAAUAUCCGACCUUCGAGUUCAGUCACCACUCCAAUUGGCAUUCCAACUGCAAAGCGCCCCUCUCCUAAGAUACACGUUGGACAUCGCGGCGACAGCUUUGAUCCAGACGAGUACGAGCCCUUCUCGCAGCUCGCAGCCACACAAAGCCUAUCGUCGGCGCCAGUACAUACGCAGGGGAGCGAGCUCGACAGCUCCCAGCUGUUUGCAGCGCGACCAGAAUACGAAUCCUCAGGUGUUGUCCCAGACUCCCAGAGCUCGGUCGGAGAGGGCAGCUUCAUCCCUACCACACAGCAGACCACGGGAACAACACAGCAGAGCUCGACCUUGAACGAGUCGCAGGAAGAAGCUACAGAAGAUUCAGGCUUACUCGAGAUUGUGGGACAAGUCGCAGCUUCAAGAGCACCUUCGCCGGCAAGAUCUAUUCCCGAGACCAUCUACGACACCACUGUGGAUUCGCAGAGUCAGCAGCAGCGGCGACGACUACUUUCACAAGAGCACGCUGAGAUACCUGCUGCUUCUGCAGUCACGGAGAAGUCACCGAAAGCGAACAGCGACCUCGAAGGCCAGCACGAGUCGGAAGUGAGUACACAUAUCGAGGACCAAUCGCAAGUCGAUCAAACUUCACCUGAGCAUCCUGCCCCGCCAAGCUCCUUCUCAGCAACUGUACAAGCCUCAGAGGCAGUUCCUUCUAAAGACAGACCCCGACCUCGACCAUCUGAAGACCAGGGUCAGUACGCUGGCAGUCACGGGGAGACGACAGCUGCAACCGAAUUACUCGGAGGCUCUUCUGAAUUUGUUGUCGAUGAGGUGGUGAAAAAGCCGAGCAUUGAGCACCGCGCGAACACAGAGUAUAGUCUAACCGAGGAGCGCACCCAAGUGCUCCCCACUGAAGUACAAUCGACAGGCCUUGCGCUGGUGAGCGAACCUGGCGAGCCCCAACUCGAACGAUCUGGUAGCCAAGACAUCGCCGAGGCAAGUCCAACCGAGCAUUCGGUACCUGUACUAGACGGAGCUGGCCCGUUCCCCGAUCUCUCUCACGACCCACAACCCGAUUCCUUCGACGUCGCGCAAGGUUCGAAGAGCCAGGUAGCACCAGCAGUCUCAGACGACACCGCUAUCACCCACGUCCCAUCCGUCAACGGGACAGCGUCUGCGCAAACACGCGCGAUCCCAACAGAGACUAGUGCUGCGGGCCCAACUCAAGUGUCACCAAACAACGCGCCUCAAGCAUCAGAGCUAAUACACGCAGAGCCCUCGUUGGUUCUAUCGACGCAAACCGAGGACGAGGUUUCAUUCGCACAGUUGAUCGCGCCUGAGUGUACUCGUAGUCGCUCUCCAACAGUCGCACAGCAGACCGCGGCUGAAGCGGAGACAGUUGUCCAAUCUACCUACGACACAGUCGAAGAGGCGGUCCUACGCCGCGAUUUUGCUUUGAACUCGCAGACACCUCAUUCGACUGCGUCACGUGAGCAGAACGCGCAGGUUGUUCCACCGCAACAGGACCUCACCCCCAAGCCAUUCACUGCCUGCGUUGGAUUCAAACAUCCCGCAGCGGCCUGUAUCGCCGAUACCCUCUUCUUCGAUCUCUAUCAUGGCUACCCAAAGUUCAGCGGCGGAAGUGCAGCGGCAGUUGCAGGAGGCAAUGGCAAAAGCGAAACAGAACCAGGCUCCAUUCACACCAACACGGGCACUGCGAAGGUCGAAUAUCAACGCUACGCCAUCAAUAUCCACGAAUCUCAGCCACAAGAGGUCCUUGCCGGGGAGGUCAUUACUGUUGUGCCAGCUAUCGUGACGACGGAGCCGACUGUGCCCGAGGAGCCCUCCUCUGAUAAUGAGAUAAUGAGCGACGCAUCAACCGACGGUACUGAGAGCUUGCUCAACGACGAUCUGCAGCUGGAUUCUGAAGAGCGCAUUGUGCCACUCUUCAUAGAUGGACGCCAGGGCGAGGAGUACACGAAUGUGAUGAACCAUGGAAAAGCUCUUCUCGAUGCUUUCGCAAGGGACCGAGACGGAUUUGAACCAUUUGCCAAGAUCGAGGAGCUAUUAGCAAACUUCCAUGCUCUCGAGACCCAUUUCGAUCUGUUCUACGAGGAAGCAGGACCCUCCAACAGCGGCCCAGACCCAGCGAGCCAGAUCGAAUUCCUGGGAAAUUUCGGCAAGGAAAACUCUGCCAAGUUCAACUUCCUUCACGUCUUGUUCCAUGCAGCGAGAGAUGAAGAGAAACACAUUGUGCUCAUAAUCGAAAACGAGAACGAAUCACUUCUCAGCAUCAUCGAGACCUUCUGUAAGGCGUGCUACGUGCAGUACAACAUGCCAACAAGAAACCGGCAGUCUAGUCCUGAAUGGGUCAAAGGCAACCUCCUAGUUACCAUCUUCCCUAGCACGACGUCACCCAUUAUACGGCCUCCAGACGUGAUUAUAUGCCUUGAUGGCGUUCAAGAUGCGAAAGUUAUUCGACAGAAGAACUGGGCACGCCACCCAGAUAUCGAGAUUGUGCCUGUGCUGCAUCUCGUCAUAUCUAGAACCGUCGGUCACAUUGAGCGCUACCUGUCAUCAUCGCUUAAUCGGCGAGAGCGCGCACACACGAUCGUUGCCAGUCUUGGACAGAUGCGAUCCCAGCUUGGAAAACCUAUUGACGAGGAUAUGCCUCGAGCGCCCGUUACAGCAACCCUGGUAGCUGCAUGGCUUAGAGCCGACGAGUAUCCACGCGAUUGGCCUCUGGGGUCGAUUGGCAGCGUGAAGGAUGUGAUCGAGUAUCAAACGCAGACGUCUGAAGAAUCUCCCGUGGCGGAGCGCACAAAGCGUCCCCACGAGGAAGACGAAGCUCUUGAUCCCGCAAAGCGCAUGCGCCUAACGCCUCAGCCCCACGCAGGGCCUAGCUCGAGCGUAAGCCAUGAUAACGACAUUACUCGGAUUAGCGAUUCCAUGCCUGGUACAGCUCUUGAUAUGUCAUUGCUUCGUGCGCAGGCGGCUCGCCCAGAGGAGGCUCUUCAGAAGGAGAGGGCCGCAAGAAAAGCUGAACAAGCACGCUACCGUGAAAAAGAACUUGCAUGGGACAAGCAGCAAACCGCGCAUGAGGACUUGACCCGCGAGUAUCGCAUACUGCUCGGCAAGCAGCAAAGCUCAGAAGAGCAGGUCAAGUCUCUUACGAAGAAUGUUGCCACGCUCCGCGAGCGCCUUGAAGCCCGCACGAUGGAAUUUCGCACCAGAGACGAGCAACUCGAAGAUCAACGCAAUACUCACAGUCUUUCCGAGGAUGCAAAGAUCGCUGAGAUCACUAAGCUGCGUAUCGAUGUAGCUCAAGCUAUUGCCGACAAGGAGCGCGCUGUCAAGUCCGCAACAAGUGCCGAUGCCACCCUCGACUACACAAAAGAACAGUAUCGCCUCGCCCAAGAAGCCGCGACCACCUCAGCCGCACGUGUCGCAGAGCUUGAGACUCAGGUGGUCAAGCUCAGCCACAUAGCCUCAGGGCAACCCGCGGAGCUGAAGAAACUGCACCUCAAUCGCCAGUACGAGCAACAGGCAACGCAGAUCAAAAGUCUCAAGGCAGAGAACCAUAUUCUGAAGAAGAGCGUAGCGCAGAAGGACGACGAGCUGCAAAGGGCGAAGAUGAGUGUGGGAAGACAAGGUGUAGGCACCAGGGGGACAAGUGUGACUCCUCAGCCGAACAAGGUCAGGAGUAGGGCUGCUAGUCCCGCGACCAGGUUGAGCAACUUAAGGAAUGGUUAG